AUGGACAGUGAAAACAUGCCCCAGACCAGAGCGUCUACUCGGACGCGCAUUCCGCAGGGACUCCGAGAAGCCAGCUUAGCGACUACAAACUCUCGCUCCGGCAUCAUGCCACCAGGAUCGAUCGCGAGCAAAGCGAUGAGCAUGUCGCCAACUCGUCCCAAGGCAGCGAAUGCCGAAACGAAAAAACCUGGCUCCAUCACUCGCCAGCCAACCGCCAAGGCGCAUACUCGAGGCAAUUCGUACGCCUCGUCCACCAUGUCCCGAUCAACAACCCCUGCAUCGCGUGCUGCACACGGCCCUUUCUCAUCAACCGUCGGUCCUGGAUCUCGCCCCCCUUCUACCAUCUCGCGACCCCAAACAUCCUUAAACAGUCGCAGACCUGUCGGCGCAUCGAUUCCGCGCGCAGCGAGCGCAUUGGAUACCCAUAUGGAGGACACCUCCCCAAGUGUGCUAGGCAAACGAAAGGGUAUGCGAAACUUUUCUUAUUCUCCCAGUCGAAUUCCCCGUUACUCCCUUGGACCCCUCAUGCCCGGAAUGGAAGGUACCCGUGAUGAGUUUGGCGAAUCGGCGCAAAAGUCUCUUCAGGACGAGGCCUUUUCUCCAACCAUAGAACACGCAACUGCCAUCCCGGUAGUGCCCUUUACCCCGUCCCGCUAUACCCCCUACACAAUCCUUCUUUGUGCCUGCCAGAACUUUCAGAACCCCCUCUGCUUCUUCAAUGCGCUCACCCUCCAAGCCCCCCGGCUUUCUAUUUUGUCAAAAGAAGCUCCGACUAAAACUUUUGACCAUGUCGCAGGCCCUGAAUGGGAUCAAGACUCCCGCGAACGCAACAUGGAAGACUUGAUGCAGACAUUCAUGACCCACAUGAACCAGCAAGGCCAGGCAAGUUCCGGCCUCAAGGAGACCGUGGAGAUUUACAAGUCAAGGAUCAAUGAGCUCGAAAUAUCUCGCGAUACUCUCAAAGAACUAAACCUCACCCAGCGCCUGGAGUCAGAGUCCUUGCGAAAUCAACUACAAAAGGCAGAGAACAUUCUGAAAGAGGCCAAGCGUGACCAAGAAAUCGCCAUGGACGACCUCGACCGGCGCCAGCGCAUUGAGAUGGAAUCAGUCCAGCAAGUCAACAGAAAAGAGAUGGAGGCAAUCAGUUCUCGACAUCAUGACGAGGUUUGUGAAUUAAAAAGGCAAUUGAACCAGGAGAUUGAGGAUGAAAAAGCGGCCCGAGUACGAGCCCUUGGCCAGCUUACAUCUCAAUCUGCGCUAGAUACCCAAAAGUCGCAAAUUGAGCUGGAGCGCAAAGAUCGGGAGCUUAACUCUUUGAAUAUUGAGCUACAAGGGCUGAAGGAAGCCCUGUCUCGUGAGCGGAAGUCCGUCCAAGACCUGAAACACAACCUAGACAUCGCAAGCAGCAACAGUGUCACACUAGAGUCGUCCAUCCGUGCUCUCAAGGCCCACAUCGAGUUCCUUGAAGGUGGAAGAGAAGAGCAGUCUAAAGCCUUCGAGCGAUCCAACCAGCAGAUGACGGACGCCCUUGCUGAGACGGACGCCAUUCGGGAGAAGUUGCGCAGAGAGGAGACUCUUCGUCGCAAGCUUCACAAUCAAGUGCAGGAACUGAAAGGCAAUAUCCGUGUGUUCUGCCGUGUUCGUCCUUCGCUCAAGAGUGAGCCUGCUUCCCAGCUCACUCUCAUGCAAUACCCCGAUGAAGCCGAAGAUGCCAAAGAAAUCAAUAUUUUGGGACCCGAGGAAAAGACUAGCCUUGGAACAGUCAGUCGCAAGAACAAUACUUUCUCGUUUGAUCGCGUCUUUAAUCCGACUACGCAAAAUGCCGAGGUCUUCGAUGAAAUCAGUCAGCUUGUCCAGAGUGCCCUUGAUGGUUACAACGUUUGCAUUUUCUGCUAUGGCCAGACUGGCAGUGGCAAGACCCACACAAUGUCAUCGGUUGAUGGCAUGAUUCCUCGUGCUGUUCACCAGAUCUACGAGACCGCGCAGGGCCUGGAAGAGAAGGGUUGGCGGUACUCCAUGGCAGGCAAUUUCGUCGAAGUUUACAAUGAGAAUCUUAACGAUCUCCUGGGUAAUCCCGAUGAGCUAGACAAGAAGAAACAUGAGAUCCGUCACGACAUGCAGCGGGGAAAGACUACUAUCACUGAUAUCACCACAGUUGAUCUUGACUCGCCUGAGAUGGUGGAGUCCAUCCUCAAGAACGCUGAUGCCAAUCGCUCAGUGGCAGCUACCAAAGCCAACGAGCGCUCAUCGCGGUCGCACUCGGUCUUCAUUCUCAAGCUCACCGGUGUCAACCACAUCACCGGCGAGCGAAGCGAGGGUACACUCAACUUGGUUGACCUGGCAGGAAGUGAACGCUUGAGCCAUAGUGGAGCUACAGGCGAGCGCCUGAAAGAGACGCAAAACAUCAACCGCAGCCUUAGCUCCUUGGGCGAUGUGAUCUCGGCCCUCGGCCAAGGCAAAGAGGGAGGCCACAUCCCAUACCGAAACAGCAAGCUUACCUAUUUGCUUCAAUUCUCUCUAGGUGGAAACUCCAAGACCCUUAUGUUCGUCAUGGUCAGUCCACUCCAGGCGCACAUGUCGGAGACUUUGACCAGCUUGAAGUUUGCCACCAAAGUACACAACACCCACAUUGGCACAGCCAAACGACAGGCCCGCGUCCGUGACGUUUAA